AUGGCAGUCCGUGCACAAUUCGAAAACAGCAACGAAAUUGGCGUAUUCUCUCGCCUUACCAACUCUUACUGCCUUGUCGCUUUAGGAGGAUCAGAAAAUUUUUACAGUGUAUUUGAAGGAGAGUUGGGUGAUGUUAUUCCUGUUGUUCAUACAUCGAUUGCUGGUACACGAAUUGUCGGACGUCUUACCGCUGGUAACAAGAACGGCUUGUUGGUGCCCAGCACGACCACUGACCAGGAACUGCAACACUUGCGCAACUCGCUGCCCGAAAAGGUCGCCGUACAGCGCGUGGAAGAACGUCUUUCGGCCCUUGGCAACGUGAUUGCCUGCAACGACUAUGUCGCUCUCUGCCACCCAGACAUUGAUCGAGAAACAGAAGAAAUUAUUGCAGACACCCUGCAAGUCGAAGUGUUCCGCCAGACCGUUGCCGACAACGUUUUGGUCGGAUCUUACUGUGCCUUGAGCAACCAGGGCGGUUUGGUGCAUCCUCGCACUUCUAUCCAGGAUCAAGACGAAUUGUCUUCUUUGCUCCAGAUCCCCUUGGUCGCUGGUACCGUCAACCGUGGUUCGGAUGUGAUUGGUGCUGGCUGUGUCGUCAACGAUUGGUCUGCCUUUACUGGCAUGGAUACAACCUCGACCGAGCUCAGCGUCAUGGAAAGCAUCUUCAAGUUGCAGGACGCUCAGCCUACUGCUAUUGUGAACGAACUCCGCGAUACCUUGGUCGAUACGUACUCAUAA